AUGCAUGGGUCGCACAGCCACACCGGCGACCCGUAUCAUGGAGCACACUGCGAGAUCUGCCGGGAGGAGUCCGACAAGAUCCGCAUCAGCCGCAUCAAGGCGGGCGAUCCAGGGAGCCCCGUGCGCUCGAACGGGUCGGGAUACGUCAGGACCACCUCGAGCCCGUACGGCCGCGGGUACUACUCGUCGUACACCUCGCGAUCCCUCCUCGACGACCGCCUGAACAAACAGCCCGAGAAGAAGCGACGGUCCCUCGCGGCCAUCCUGAAGCCCGUCCUGCGCGUCGCGAAGAUCGCCGUGCCGAUCGCGAUCGGCGUCGGCGCCGGGACGUACUUCGUCUGGCGCGUGUUCAACAGCCCUGGCGGCGAGGCGCGCAACAGAGCCAGCCGGGCGCCGCCCGACCCCUUCCUGCUCCCGCCCCCGCCCCCGAAGACCCCCGAGCCGUCGCGAAAGCGCCUCGCCCCGAUCCCAGUCGCGCCGCCAAAGACCGAGGUGGCCAAAGCGACGCGCCCGUCGCGCGGCGACCCCGUGUCCGGGGCGCCGACUUCGGAGCCGGUCCGGCCCGCGGCUCCCGCCCCGCUGCCGCGCGGCAAGGCGUCUGCGAAGGACUUGAACGCGGCGCAGCGGCUGGCGGUGUCGCCGGUGACGGAGGUGGAGCUGCAAGCGGGGGAGACGGUGUCGUCGGUGCUGGUGCGGUACUCCGGGAGCUGCACGGAGGAGAUGCUGUCGCUCGUGCGCGAGAUGAAUCCGUCCGUCAAGAACCUCAACCUCGUGCAGCCGGGACAGACGCUGAUCGUGCCGGACCGGCGGCCGGGCUUCUACGAGCCGACGGUGGUCACGCCGUUGAAGGGUGUCGACACCAGCGACGCGCGGUCCUUCCUCCACAAGAAGUAG